AUGUUAGGCGACCUUUUUAUGGAUUCUGUAGAACAAGCUGUUGGGCUUUCAGUCAAGCAAGAGAGGGUUCUUGUCGUGUAUAACACAUCUGGAGACGAUCGAUGGCUAGAAUCAUGGUUUGCCAAAGAAUCUCUAGGUAAAAUUAAGCCAUUUGCUGUCUGGCUGAGGCUUGUCAAAGGUACUGAGCAAUUUGACUACUUUGAAGAAAUAUUUGGCACAGUUGCGCUACCCAGUUUGUAUUUGGUUAAACAGGGAAAGGUCCUGUCAAUUAUCAAAGAUGAGGAUAAUAAAGCUUCUGCAGGGAUAUCUCAUUGGGAAUCUCUCGCAGUGAGCCUAGGGGCUUCUCUUAGUGUCCACGCAGAUAUAGCACACAAUACCAAGACACUCAGAGAGCAAGUUGAAGAGACGACUCAGCAGAAAUACCAAGAUGAGUUGAUAAAACAAAGAAAGAUUGAGCUGGAAGAACGAGAGCGUAUUUUAAGACUGGUUGAGGCAGAUAAGGUGGAGAGAAAGGCACGUAAGCAUCCUGCAGUUGCGAAAGCGGUUAAGAGUGCUGAAAUUCACGAUUACAUCAAAGACUCAAGUAAAUUGCGCGGUGAACAGUGCACACUUCUCAUAAGGCUGACGAACGGGAACACGAUAACCAAGCAAUUUAAUUCGAGUGACACCUUAAAUGAUGCAAGGAAAUGGGUGGACCUUAAUCGGACUGACGGCGAUGGCCCUUACUCCUUUCACAGAAACAUACCUAGAAGCACUUUCACUGACUCAGAUGAAUUAAAGAGUUUGGCUGCAUUGGAACUUUUACCGAGAUCUGCUCUUUUCAUUCUCAAGCCUAUAGAUACGGAAUUGGAGCAUAUGAACGUCGUAAGCGCUAGAGGGCCUGGAUUAUUGGGCAAAGUUUUUGGUGGUAUCUCAGCUUGGUGGAAUAAUGGGAAUUCAAAAGAAGCCGGUCGCUGGGAGAAUGCAAAUGAUCACAAUCACAAUGAAGAACCAUCGUCGCAGCGACUCCUCGAAAGCACUUUGGAUCAUCAAACUGAUAGGAACUCACGGGGCCCCUCUCUACAAAUAAAUAACUCUUCUGGGACUCCAUCAAGACAAACAUCCCCCGCGCAAGUGGUAAAUGAUAGACAAAUUAAACAUAAUGUCUCUGAUUUAAGUUUACCAUCGAGAUGCGUUACACCGAAUGUCUAUCAAUUUGUCAAUAAGGAAGAUGAGGAUAAGAAACCAUCCACCUAUAAUGGCAAUAAUAUUGACUUGGGGGAAAGGGCUGACGACGAGUGA